AUGGAGGACAUUAUUGAAAGCAUAAGGAUCAAAACAGUAAUCUGGGUAAAAUCUUUGGAAGCUUUCAAAUUGGUGGCAAUAGAUGAUAUUAUCAUAGCUUGGUAUGAAAUGGCAAACUCAGCAGUUGUGAAAGAUAGAAUAGUCUUGGACUGGAAACCUCCUCAAUCAAACAGACUAAAGCUUAAUUUUGAUGGAAGCUCUUUAGGAAAUCCUAGGCUGUCAGGAAUAGGAGUGUUCAAGGAUGAAGCAGAGAAAGUGGUAACAUUAUUCUCAGGACCAAUAGGAGUAGGGGAUUCAGCAAGAGCAGAAAUAUCAGCCUUACUUCAAGGCCUGAAACUAGAAAAACAGUGGGGUUUAAAGAACUUAGAAAUAGAAGGUGAUUAA